UUUAGCUGUUUUUAUUUUAAUGAUAGGCCACCAAUCACCCUAUGGGAAGAAAUUCUUAGGAUGAGACAGAGAAUUUCAUUGAUGUAUUUUUCCAAUUUAUCUUGGAAUCCAUUGCUAACACAGUUAACCAUAAUUUCCACAGGAGAGUCUUCUGAACAUCGGUUUUAUAGGCAACAUUUUCUAAUCUUUACUCAGGUGUAGAGAGCAUACUUGGAUGAAUUCCAUGCACCUGACACACGAUAUUCUUGAGUAGAGGUGGACACGUCUUGUAGGGAAGUGAAAAGAUUUAGGGCACUGUUCAGGAAGAAUAUAUUACAGUUUUAAAGAGGAAGUAUGACAUCUCAGUGAUCAUUUAGGAAUACUAAUUCUGUACUAUCCAGAGGCAUUAACAGAGAUUGGUCAAGUGAGUCAAUUCAGCAGUUAGAUGAUCUGAUCUCAGACCUAGUGCUUGCUGUGAACUAACCAUAUACUUCACGUCCAUGAUGUAGCCUCAUCUUACCUAAGUUUCCCUAAGAAUAAAUGGAGUGAUUCUAUGAUCUAACACGUGUAGUUUAACAAGCCCUUCAGAUGAUUUGGAGGCAUCCCAAAGUUUGGGGACCAUACCCUACAAGACAGAUUUGAUAAUUUCAUUCACAUCCUUCUGUUUGUUUGAGUGAAUAAACAUUUCAGACGGAAAUGCCAUAUCUUUUCUUUGUUUUGGUUUCAGCACUUGAUGCAAAGUGGAAAAAAGAGUUAGUGAUCAAUAAAAACAAGGGCCAAUAAAGAGAGUGGAAGAAACAGGAAGAGUGAGAAAUGAAGAUGGAGGGAGAAAUUAUCACAUGCAAAGAUUUGAAUAUUCUCUUGGCUUCACAAUAUACAUAGAGAAGUUUUCUUUUAGUUUAAGCACUUGUUUCAAACUUUAAAAUGUACGAAAUUCAUCUGAAGAGCUUGUUAAAACAGAUUGAUGGUCCCAUUCCGGAGUUUAUCAGCAGUAAGUCUGGAGCAUUAUCACCAUUAUUCAUUCCUGAAAGGUUCUUUGUUGAUGCUUCUACUGCUUAUCUGGGGACCAUUCGUUUUAUUGUCUUUUCACCCCAUCUUUUCCAUCAGAUUCAUCAACAACAUGGAAACCACAAAUCACACAAAUGCUCCAGAGUUCUUUUUACUGGGAUUGACAGAUGAUCCAGAACUGCAGCCCCUGAUCUUCUACUUAUUCCUUUCCAUCUACUUGGUGACCAUCCUGGGAAAUCUGAUAAUCAUCUUGGCUGUCAUCACUGACUCCCACUUGCACACACCCAUGUACUUCUUUCUCUCCAAUCUGUCCUUUACUGACAUCUGUAUAAGCACAACCAUAAUCCCAAAGAUACUGCUGAACAUACAAGAACAGAAUAAGAGCAUCGCUUAUAUAGCCUGCCUCACACAGACCUGCUUUGUUUUGGUUUUUGCUGGUUUUGAAAAUUGUCUCCUUGCAGCAAUGGCCUGUGACCACUACGUGGCCAUUUGUCAUCCCUUAAGGUACACGGUUAUCAUGAACCCCCACCUCUGUGGCUUGCUGAUUCUACUCUCUCUGUUCCUCAGCAUUUUGGAUGCCCUGCUCCACAGUCUGAUGGUGUUGCAGCUGUCCUUCUGCAAGGACCUGGAAAUCCCUCACUUGUUCUGUGAACUUGCUCAGGUCCUCAAGCUCGCCUGUUCUGAUACACUCAUAAAUAACAUCCUGACAUAUUUUAUGGCUAGCAUACUUGGCGGUAUUCCUCUCUCUGGCAUCAUUUUCUCUUAUACCAAAAUUGUCUCCACCAUUUUGAGAAUGCCAUCAGCAGGAGGAAAGUGUAAAGCUUUUUCCACCUGUGGGUCUCACCUCUCAGUUGUUUCCUUGUUCUAUGGGACAGGUUUUGGAGUGUAUAUUAGUUCUUCAGUUACUGACUCUCGCAGGAAGCUGGCAGUGGCUUCAAUGAUGUACAUUGUGCUUCCUCAAAUGGUGAACCCCUUCAUCUACAGCCUGAGGAACAGGGACGUAAAGAGAGCCUUGAAGAAACUCACCACAAGAAAACUUUCUCUUCGAUGA